CGUAUCAUAGCAACCGGUUCCAACAGAACAGAGGAAAAAUGGCGACCCCGAGAGAGAAAGACGCAGCAGAAUAUGUCGAGAAACACAAGAUUAUUGAACUCAUGGACAACAUGACCAGCAUGCUCCUGUUUUACAGACCCGAGAAUCCGAGGGAGUUUCUCAUUGAGCAGCUGGAGCAGCUGAAGACGUCGCGGGAGUCUGGUGUCAGAGGUCCAAAUCUGUUCGACAACUCCAACCUGGAUGCGGUCUUUGGGAUAUUGGAUCCCGCUAAUCAAAAAUAUAUCACUUUUGAGCAGUACAAGCAGGCUCUGACCAUGCUCGGCAUUAAAGACAUCAAUGAAUGUCCCGAUGGUGUGAAUGAAGACAGAAUAUCCCAUGAAACAUUUAAAACCGAAGCGAUGGAAGGCCUACAGAGAACUUCAGCAACGUAUGCACAGCUCUGAAAGCUUUUUUUUUCUUUCCUCUCCGCUGUGGCCGCUGUCGUAUUUUAUGUUAUUGAUGUUUGUUGAGCCAUUGUUGCAACAACGGGAAAAAUCUUGCCAACCCUGUAGAAAAUGCUGAUAUUCUUUGCUGCAUUAUUUUCUUAUUUCGGUGCAAUUUUUAUGUCAACAAAAACUCUAAUAAACAUCCCUUAGCAUC